AUGAUGAAACGAAAGAAAAAUGAAAAACUCACUACUGAAGCAUCAUCACAAACAACAACAACUCGACUCGUACGACAAUUCAUUUUGUCCAAAUAUUCCAUUCCUCUCCAUGAAUUUCAUUCUCUACCCGAUGUAUCGAAAGGAGAUGAACAAGUUCAUGAAAUGGAGAGUUGUAUUGGAUUGAAAUUUUCAUGGCUUUGGUUCAUUCUCUUUUGGUUGGGUGUUGUGUUGAGUUUAGGUUCAUUAUUAUUACUUUGUUUUUGGUUCGAUUGGUUCAAGGAUCGAAUUCAACACAAUCGAAUUUAUAAAAAGAUGAAUCAUUCUAAUAAUACUACUACUACUACUAAUACUGAUAUUGUUAAUGAUGAUACUCCUACAAAUAGUAAUGAUGAUAAUAAUUCUAAUACUACUAAUAAUAAUCCCACUAACAAUCCUACGAAUAGUGAUCAUUUUGAAACACCAUUAUUUCAAAAUACUUCAUUUCGUCAAGCAGAUGCUGUUCUUAUCAAGGCAAAAGAGACACAUCAAAUUACGAUUUGCAAAAUUGAACAAGUGAAUGUGAGAGUGGAUAUUCAAACAUUACAUGAUUCAUUGAAACAACAAUUACAUCAUACAUCAAAUGAAAGUACCCAUACUAUAGAUUCAAAUCCAAAUACCCAUGCUAUAGAUUCAAAUCCAAGUACCCAUACUACAUCUUCAAAUCAAAGUACCAUUCAAGUAUCCAUUCGUUUAUUCAAAUAUAGAAAUUUAAAUUAUAUUUACAAUGAUGAAACCGAUCAAUUUCAAAGAGUUCAUCACAAUACUCUCUUACCAUUUGCAGAUUUACAUGAUCAUUUAACAAACUCUACAACCGAAUGGCAUGCAAGGAAUGAUUCUUCUCUCACUACUGAAUGCAAACAAGAUCAUUCCCAAAACAGACAUUUAAAGAAAUCUCUAUUUGGAGUGAAUACUAUUGAAACCAAAGUUAGAAAUGUCAUUUCUCUACUUUUAGAUGAAGUCUUACAUCCAUUCUAUUUAUUUCAAGUAGCAAGUGUUUGUGUAUGGUUGAGUGAAAAUUAUUACAUUUAUGCAGUUGCUAUUGCAGUCAUUUCUUCAAUAAGUUCUCUAUUGAGUAUGUGGGAAACUAGAAGUAAUAUGAUUAAAUUAAAAGAAAUGACAAGUUUUCAUUGUGGAGUGAAUCGAUUAAAUACAUGUAGUGUCAAUAUGAGAAUGACUCAAAGUAAUAGUAGCAGUCAAAGUAAUAAUCAUAGUAAUAGUAGUAGUCAAAGUAAUAAUCAUAGUAAUAAUAGUCAAAGUAAUAGUAGUAGUCAAAGUAAUAAUAGUCAAAGAAGUAGUCAAAAUGAUCAACAGACUUUCAACAAGAAUGUCAUUCAUAAUCCGAAUAAUAGUCAUAAUAAUCAUUUUAAUACUUUUUGGACUCGAUAUCAUUCUAAAAAAAAAGUACUAGUGAAACAUCGUAUAGAUUCGACACUCUUAUUACCAGGUGAUUUCAUUGAAAUUGAAAAUGAAAUGAUUUUACCAUGUGAUUGUGUACUUGUUCAUGGAAGUGUCAUUAUGAAUGAAAGUAUGCUCACUGGUGAAUCUACACCUACAAAGAAAGUAUCAAUUCCAAAAUCAAAUUCACAAAAAGAAGUUUACAAUUCAAAGCGUGAUAAGAGUCAUACUCUCUUUUCAGGUACUCAAGUCAUCAUGACAAAACCAAGUACAUUGAAUGUUGUUGAUGAAAUUACUCACCACAGUGGAGAAACAAGUCAUAAUAAGGAAAUAGUUAUUGCAAUGGUUACUCAAACUGGAUUUCAAACUGCAAAAGGAAAAUUAGUUUUAUCUAUUUUGCAUCCAAAACCAAAUCAAUUUUCAUUUUACAGUGAUUCUAUGAAAUUUUUGUUAUUCAUGUUUUUAUUUGGAUUGGCUGGAAUUAGUUAUAGUUUAUAUAAUCAGGCUAUUAAGAAUGCACCUAUUCGAGAAAUGAUUACAGGAUGUUUUGAUCUCAUUACUACCAUUGUACCACCUGCAUUACCCAUUGCCAUGACCACAACUGUAUCAUUGGCCAUUUCAAGAUUAAAGAAAAAGGGAAUCUUUUGCAUUAGUCCUCCAAGAAUUAAUGUGAGUGGUCGAGUGAAUUUAGCAUGUUUUGAUAAGACCAAUACAUUGACAAGAGAUGGAUUAGAUUUACAUGGAGUGGUAGAAGUGAAAAUGACGAAACAUCAAAAUAUGAUGAUGAAUGGAUGUAUUAGUAGUACUACUCCAACUAGUCCAACUAGUACCACUACUCCAAUCAGUAAUGAUGAUCAUAUUAAUCCAAUCAUUAAUGAUCAUUCUACUCCCAAAAUGAAUCAUUCUACUCACAAUAUGAGUUAUAACCACACUUCACAAUUUUCAUCUCUUAUCAAAGAUAAGGAUUUAUUAACCAAUCUUUCUUCUUCGUCAUUACUCGUACAAUGUAUGGCCACAUGUCAUAAUUUAUCCAAUGUAUUUGGCAAGUUAGUAGGUGAUCCAUUAGAUGUGAAAUUAUUUGAAGCCACUCGAUGGAAAUUAUUAGAACCUAUUGGAGGAGGAGGAGGAGGUCAUAAUGCUACUACUAUUAAUACUACCAGUACUACUACCAGUACUACCACUACUAUUAAUACUGCGACUACCACUACUACUGAUACAUUACAUUCAACAAGUCCGAGUUCAUUGAACCAGAAUUCUCACCACACCAUCAUUUCAUCUCAAAAUGAUUCUAUUCAAUAUUCAAUUCUCAAAGUAUUUGAUUUCAAAUCAAGUCUUCAACGAAUGUCUGUCAUUGCACAAAACAAACAAACUGGAGAUUUACAUUUCUUUGUGAAAGGUUCAGCAGAAAUGUUAAAAACACUCUCUCAUUCUGAUACCAUUCCUAAUGACUUUUCACAAGUCUUGUAUAAAUAUUCACAUAAGGGUUAUCGAGUAUUGGGAUGUGCCACUCGAAAAGUCUGUAUUCGAGAUUUGUUAUUCAUUUUAAAUGAUAGUAGUUUGGAUUCUACAAGGUCUAACAAUGAUGACACAAGACAAGAUUCUUCAAGUCAUCAUGAUCUUUAUCAAAAACAAAGAAAUGAAAUUGAUCUCUUAAUUUCUCAAUAUGCUGAUAAGUUAUUAAGAGAAGAAGUAGAAUCUAAUCUUUGUUUUCUUGGAUUAAUUUGUAUGGAAAACAAAUUAAAACCAGAAACACCAUCAGUCAUACGAACUCUUAAUGAAUGUAAUGUGAGAUCAGUAGUGAUUACAGGAGAUAAUCCAUUUACAACGAUAUGUGUGGCACGUAAAUGUGGAAUUUUACAAAAAGGAAAGACAAUUUAUUUAUCUGAAUUUAAAGAAGAAGAAACAAUGAGUGGUAGUAAUGACAAUGGUCAUACCAGUGGUCAUACCAGUAACCAUAAUAGUAACCAUACCAGUAACCAUAAUAGUAGUCAUACCAGUAACCAUAAUAGUAGUCAUAAUAGUAAUCAUAAUAGUAAUCAUACCAGUAAUCGUAGUAGUAAUCAUCAUAGUAAUCAUCAUAGUAUAUAUAACACUGUUGGUCAUCUUACAACAAGUCAUACUCUUCAAUCCAUCAAUGAUGACCAUCCCUCACCACACCCUCCUCUCACAACUAUUUUAGGAAAUCCAUUGAAACAUUAUCUUCCACUCUAUGAUCGAAUUGUUUGGAGAAAUGUCGAUGAUCACAAUGCACCAGUAUUAACCAGUCGUGAAAUAAUGACCAUGAGUUUUAAAGAUGAAAAUUAUGAAUUAGCUGUUAUUGGUGAAGUCUUUGAUCGUAUUGUAUUGGCACAUAAGGAAUAUAUUGAACAAGUUCGUACGAGUAUUGAUCAUUCCUCCUAUCAUCCAAGAGCUCUGAAUAGUACCAACAUACAUCCAAUCAACAAUCAUAUCUAUGUAGAUACAGAGAAUCCAUCUCUACUUCAUAGAAUAUUAGCAUCGUGUCAAAUCUAUGCAAGAGUUUCACCUUCUGGUAAAAUGAAAGUGAUUGAAGAAAUGACAAAAAUGGAUUACAUGUGUAUCAUGUGUGGAGAUGGAUCUAAUGAUGUGGAAGCACUCAAAUCUGCUCAUGUGGGUGUGAGUUUAUCAGAAGCUGAAGCAUCCAUUGCAGCUCCCUUUACAAGUAUUCAAAACUCGAUUCGAUCUGUGGUUGAAGUGAUGAAAGAAGGAAGAGCAUCACUUUCUACAAGUUUUCAAGUCUUUAAAUUUAUGGCACUCUAUUCUUUAUUUGAAUUCUUUGCUGCUGUACUCAUUUACCGUCAAAAUGCCACUAUUGGUGAUUUUCAAUAUCUCUAUAUUGAUCUAUUUAUAAUUCUACCCAUUGUUUUAUUACAACCCAAUACAAGAGCUUCAACAAGAUUGAAAAAAGAAAAACCACCUGAAUCUCUCUUUUCUCGAUUCAUUCUCGUGAGUUUAUUGGGUCAAAUAUUUUGGGGUUUUUCAUUCAUGUUAGGAGUAUUCUUUGAAAUUUUGUUUAACUCAAAAUGGUAUCGACCAGAUCCAAUACGAAAAGAUCCAAAAGAUAAUAUUGUGAGUUAUGAAACAACAAUAACUUAUUUGGCAUGUUGUUUUUCUGUUAUUAAUGCUGCAAUUACACAAAGUAUUAGCAAACCAUUUAAGAGAAAUCUUUUCACUGAUAAUUUUAUUUAUGUGUUCCUUCUCGUUGUGUUGUAUUUAUUUACAAGUUAUAUUUUAUUUGAACCAUGCUCUUUUUUAAAGAAGGAAUUUCAAUUUAUUGGAUUUCCAAUAGAUUUUAAAUUGAGAAUAUUGGGUUAUGGAUUGGCACAUUUAUUCAUUACCUAUCUAUGGGAAAUGAUACUCAUUUGGAAAUAUCCAUUUAAAAAGUUAUUGAAAUCUCUUACUUUUUAUAAUUUGUUGAGAUUGAUACAUGUUGUUGUGUUUUGUGGAUCUCAAUCAUCGAUGAUGGCAUUGGGAAAUCAUUGGCUCUCUCGUAUUCUAGUUUCAUUAAUGAGAAGAGAAAAAAGAAAAUGGAAAGCUUAUAAACAAUUGAGAGAAAAUCUUGGAAUUCCAAAAGUGAGAGAACGAUUGAUGGAAAUGAAAGCAAUUGAGGAGCCAAAACCAAUUUAUGGUGUCCAUAAGAAAGCGUUGAUCUAUCGCUCAGAAACACAUGGCUCUUCUACCAAAGAAGAACAAAUGUCCUUGUUGGCGUAA